CGCCUCCCUUUCUUGGCACAAAGCUUUUGCAGCAAUCAAGCUCCCACUCAAAAGAUAGACAAGAGAGAGAGAGAGAGCGAGGGAGAGAGAGAGAGAAUUAAAAAAAUAAAAGAAAAGAAUGAUUAUAUUUAGGGCGUGUGUGUGAGAGAGAGGUAUUCUUAUAUAACCCUACCACCAGUCCCUUUGAUCAAACUUUCCUUUUGCCUUUCUUUUCUUCCUCGGGAUCUGAUCGACAACAACUGGACAAAUAUUUCUUACCAGUUGGGGGGUUCUUUCACUUCAAUUCCCGAGGUCCUUCCUCUCUUGUUUGUUUGGUUUGGUUUUCAGUGUCAUAUUCUUCAACCGUGUAAGAGCUCAAAGUGUCAAAAUCUACUAGUUGUCUUGUCUUAAAUCUCAUUGGUUGAGUCAAGGCUUCCUUCGAUCGGAUCUAAGAGGAAGUGGUAAAAGUGGCUGUGGUGUGUUUUCCAGAUUAUCAAGACUAACUUCAAGUCAUUGGAAGUAUGAAUACAUUUUCAAAUGUUCCCCCAGGCUUCAGGUUCCAUCCCACCGACGAAGAACUUGUUGAUUACUACCUAAGAAAAAAAAUUGCCUCAAAACAGAUCGAUUUGGAUGUAAUCAAAGAAGUUGAUCUCUAUAAGAUUGAGCCUUGGGAUCUUCAAGAGCUAUGCAAAAUCGGGGCUGAAGAGCAGAGUGACUGGUAUUUCUUUAGCCAUAAAGACAAGAAGUAUCCGACUGGGACUCGGACUAAUAGAGCAACAAAAGCAGGGUUUUGGAAGGCUACAGGAAGAGAUAAGUCUAUUUAUUCUCGACAUAGCUUGAUUGGCAUGAGAAAAACCCUAGUUUUCUACAAGGGACGAGCUCCAAAUGGUCAAAAAUCAGAUUGGAUCAUGCAUGAAUAUCGCCUCGAAACCCAUGAAAAUGGAACACCUCAGGAAGAAGGAUGGGCUGUGUGCAGGGUGUUCAAGAAGAGAAUGACUACAGUUAGAAAAAUGGGUGAAUAUGACUCCCCAUGUUGGUACGACGACCAGCUCUCAUUCAUGCCCCCCGACGGUGAAUCUCCUCGUCGAAUUUCUCAGUUUUACUCUUCUUCAUACCAUCCUCAUCACUAUCCAGCCUGCAAGCAAGAACUUCAUCAUCAAUUGCAGCAGCAGCACUACAACAUGCCACCUCAACAUCACCAUGAUCCUUUCCUUCAGCUCCCUCAACUAGAAAGCCCUAAAUUACCACAAUCAGCUGCAAGUGUUAGUGUUCCAUAUGGAAAUUCGACUCUCACAACUCAGGAAGAUCAGCAAUUGCAACACAAUCUGAGCAAUAAUAGCGAUCAAGCUGUGGAUCAAGUGACCGAUUGGCGGGUCCUCGACAAAUUUGUUGCAUCGCAGCUUAGCCAUGGAGAUCAUGCAGCUGCCAAGGAAACAAAUUACAGUAAUUCAUCAAAUAUGUUCAAUGUGGUUGAUGAUGAUCAACAGAUGGACUUGCUGGCUAAUGAUCAAUCUAAGAGACAAGAAGUACUUGUUGAACAGGAUUACGCGUUGACAUCUGCGUCGAGUUGCCAAAUUGAUCUUUGGAAGUGAAAGUUUAUACAUGAUAUAUGGAACGUUGAUGAAGACUAUAUAUAUAUACACCAAAUACUAAUCAUUGGAGGUACAGGUUUUAUGAUAUGAUAUGGAAUAUCGAUGAAGACUUGAUGAUGCAGAGGUUGCUGUACAUAAUAAGAAAGAAAAAAAAAUGCUAUUUGUCUUAUAGCUAUACAUGGAGCAUAUAUAUAUAUAUAGUAGUAGUAUGGUAUCCUGUCUAUAUUGAUUAGUACUAGGAUAACCAUGUUAGAUAUCGAUCGAAGACAGUGAACUUCUAUGGCCGAGCAAUAUUGUUGGGACUGUCUCGGCUUAAAUAUAUAUAUAUAUAUAUAUAUAUAUAUAUAUAUAUAUAUGUUGAAUGUAGCAUUCCAUGGAGGCUUUCUAUAAGUUUGUAACAUCUUUUUUGUUUUACAAUAUUUGAAAGUUUCAGAUUCUAUGAAUCUAUGUACUUGUGACU